AUGGGCAGGCAGAGGAAGAGGGUCGUGACCGGUGAAGCUCCUCCCCCUCCAAGGAAAGAUGACAAACCCGCUGUGUUUCACCGCAAAGAGAAGAAAAAGAAAGUCGACAUCGGAAAAGUCUUUAUCAACAUCUCCAUCGGCCUCUGCAUAUUCAGCCUCAUCUGGUUCUUCUACACCAUCCACAUGCGAUCCAGUCUGGCCAAGCGAGUGGUGACUCUGCAUCCAGCACCUCGGGUCCUGAACGCCAGCAGCACCAGCGCCAAGGCUUCUCCAGAGAGGUUCUGGGGCUCAUACAGGCCCCAGGUCUACUUUGGGAUGAAAACAAGGAGCCCCAAGUCGAUUGUUACAGGCAUGAUGUGGAUGCGACAGUUCUCUGACCUCGACGUGAAUCUAAGACACACUUGUGAGCAGGGGGACCAUUUGCAAGGAUACGGCUGGCUGAUGCAUGACGGACUCACUUUUGGCGUCCAAGAAAUUCGAGAUGGCGAUUUCACGCUAACCACAGAGUUUGUAAAGAGGGCCGGAGGACAUCAUGGAGGAGACUGGACCUGGAGGAUCACAGCCAAACAACAUAGUUCUGCUCCCCAAGCUCCAGUCAUAUCGCUGAUGUUUUACGCUGCGGCAGACACACAGGGCUCACUGCGGGGACACAUGGAGGAGAGAAAUCGCCUCGGGUCCAUCACCGGCGUCUCAGAGGAGCUUGGGAACUUUAAGAUCACUUUCAGGAAGCCUGUCACUGGGGAGUUAUCCAGCACUAAAUAUGCCAGCUACAACCACCUUCAGACGGUCUCUCCUGGCCUGGAGAAGCUGACCGACAUUGUAAAGCUCAGUCUGAACCGCAGGUUUGUCUACAGCCCCCCCUCUGGUGAGAAAAGGCAUUACUUUGGGGUAGACACCUACAAGCCUCCCCAUCAUCCAAACCAGCAGAAGCCGGUAGACUCAAGGACAGAGAGCGACUUUGUGGUUCACCAGGUGACCGUCCAGCUACCUUUCCAAAUUGAAGUUCUGUUUGAGUCCGGAAGCUUCUUCGAUCGUCCCAACCAGCUGGUCGGUUCUGUCAUGACGCAGGAGCUAGAGAGGAGGAAAGCUGAGUUCAAUGCUAAGCUUGAGAGCAUAUUUGGGCUUGAAAGCAAAGGUUUCAGUCAGGCGCAUAUAAAGUUUGCCAAAACGGCUCUCAGCAACAUGUUGGGUGGAUUGGGUUACUUUCACGGCCAGUCGGUGGUACAGUCGGCCUUCAACGAGUACCCACUUCUGUACCCUGAAGGUGCUCUAUUCACCGCCGUCCCUUCGCGCUCCUUCUUUCCCAGGGGGUUCCUGUGGGACGAGGGCUUUCACCAGCUGCUCUUGAGCAAGUGGGAUCCUGAGGUAACGAGGGAGGCUAUCGCCCACUGGAUUGACCUAAUGAACAUAGAAGGCUGGAUCCCCCGGGAGCAGAUUCUUGGGGAUGAGGCUCGCAGCAAAGUGCCGGCAGAAUUUGUUGUUCAGCAAAAUGAAAAUGCAAACCCGCCCACUCUCUUCCUAGUUUUUCAGGAUCUCAUUGAGCAGCUCGCUUCUCACCCAGAUGACGCAGCGCUACAACCGACGCUGCCUUUCUUCCGUCAGCUCUUCCCGAGGCUGAAAACCUGGUUUGAAUGGUACAACACCACCCAGAAGGGGCCUCGACCUAAUUCUUACCGUUGGCGCGGGCGUGAUAAGGACACCAAUCUUUUCCUUAACCCCAAAACCUUGACCUCUGGCUUAGAUGACUACCCACGGGCGUCACACCCCUCAGUGGAUGAACGGCACGUGGAUUUACAUUGCUGGAUGGCGUUGUCCUCAGGCGUCAUGGCUAGCAUAGCUCAGCUUCUAGGCGAGGACUACCAAGACUACAAACUCACACACGAUGUGCUGAGCGAUAACAACCUGCUCGAUGAGCUGCACUGGUCUGAACAGCUCAAAGCUUUCAGUGACUAUGGCAACCACACACAAGCCGUGUCUCUGCAGCCAGAAAAGGUGUACGUACCUCCAGGACAACCGCGUCAUCAGUUCCCGGUGACUCGCCUCGUUCGCUCCGUUCGCAGAGUCCCCAAGCUGCAGUUCGUAAACGCCUUGGGCUACAUCAGCUUAUUUCCCUUCCUUCUGCAAAUCCUGCAGCCGGACUCGCCCAAACUGGAGCACAUUUUCCGAGACAUGAGAGACCCCGGUAAGCUGUGGACGCCCUACGGCCUGCGCUCUCUGUCUAAAGCUGACCCUUUGUAUAUGAAGCGAAAUACGGAACAUGACGCCCCCUACUGGAGGGGGCCCGUGUGGAUCAACAUCAACUACUUGGCAGUCAGAGCCCUGCACCACUACAGCAACGUAGAAGGGCCAUACCAAGAGAAGGCAGCUGCUCUUUAUGAGGAACUCAGGACUAACAUUAUAAAUAAUGUUUUUAGACAGUAUGCUGAAACAGGGUACAUCUGGGAGCAGUACAACGACAGCACGGGUAAGGGCCAAGGAAGCCACCCCUUCACUGGCUGGUCUUCCCUGACCGUCCUAAUGAUGGCUGAGCAGUACUGACUUCUACAGAAAUCCUUGUCAUCUCAGAUAAUGGCCUUUAUUUAUAUGGACAAAGUUAAUGGCUACAAUAUGGUCCAACAGACUAUGCUAAAAAAUGUUCACCAUCUUUUCGUUAGUCCCCUCUUCUCUUUUAUACAACAGAUUCCAUUGGGGGUUUGUGGAGGGUAGAUUUAACAAGAGUGAAAUGCAAAAGCUGUCAACGGUAUUACAAGAACUGGUUCUUAGUUUGUUUUGGUUUGUUUGUUUUGGGAAGUAAGUCAAGUCCUACUUCUGUUUGACAAAUAACGGUCAUUAUCUGUAGUUGUGCCAUUUUUCCACUCUAUUCUGUAAUAUCUCUUCCCGUCUUGAACAUCGGCCAUUGUAUUGUUUAUUGACAAAUUAAAUGGCAACAUAUUUUAUGUCACAACCUGUGCUUUGACUGGGAGGGGGAUAUGCUUGUUUCUGUGACAUUGGGUUUGUUUUGUCAAAAGAAAAUAAAAAAAAUUUAAAAAAAAUCGUAAAAACC